UACAGUCAACAUAAUGAUAAUCAAAGAACUGAUAGUAAUGCAAAUAAGACUACAGUUGAUGACAACUGCAAUGCUAGACCAACCACCCCUGUUACCAGUACAUCUAUGACAAGUAUCAUUCAUGUGGAUCAAAAGUCUGGAUAUGCCACGGUUGAAACCCUGGACAAUGGUCCUAAGGAAAGUAACAAUAAUCAGAAAAUCCGUCCUCCUUCACCGAGUGGUGGAACACUUAUAAUAAAUUCUAAAUUUGAAGAAGAUUCACCAAGUCAACCACUGCAUCAGUUACCUCUCAUCAAAGAUGCUCUGAUUCCCUUUUCCAAUAUGCUCAGCAAAUUUCGGAAAACAUCGAGUACAAAACCACCUGCAAAUUCUUGUCCUAUUGCUCCACAAUCUAGAUGUGAUAGCAAAGACCUUGUUCCAGAGGAAAGCGACAGCAUUGACGAAUCUGGAGAGUAUGUUACUAUAACUGAUAUGAGAAACAACAACAAGCCCAGCUCACUCCCACAGUGUCCUCCACAGCGCUCUGAAAUUUCAGAGUCUGUUUGUGAGUCAACUGCUAAGACAUGGGAGAACCAAGAAUAUGUUUCUUUAAAUGAAAUUCCUGCUCCAGAUUCAUCUAAGCAUCCAGCUGCGUCAGUUCUCUCCGGCUCAUCCUCCGAGUCGUCUUUGGAGAGGAAGAAGAGACAGGGUGCUCGCGUCAUGUUAGACUCUGAGGGCAAAGUUGUUUAUUCAUCUGACAGUUUACGUAGAAGAAAAGGAGCUCAUACCACUUUUGCUCCUGGACAAUUUGUGAAAGACACAUCUGUAUCACCUUCCCCAAGUCCUGUAGCUAGGCAUCGAAUGCCCAAAUCGAUAAUUCGGCCAGUUCAGUCACAGGCCAGUGGCUUGCCACAUGGCAUCAACAACCGGAGUCCUUCUCACUCUGCUUCCAAAUCUUUGUUGUCAGAGACCUCACACAGUGGAGGCAGUGUUCCCAGACCAUUGUCCCUUCAAACGAGACCUAUCACCUCAUUUGAAAGAGGCAGUGCAAUUCAACCAUCUCGAGCAUCAAUGCUUCAAACAUCAGAUCUGUUGAAUCAGAGGAACAACAGAGUAAUCAUCAGAGCAGGCUUAGUCUCACCAACAGAAGACUUAACGAAUUGCUCAAUGAGAUCUAUGUCUCCACGAAAUACUACUCCUACAAGAGGUGCUUAUGUGCAUGUUCAGCCUGAUAAUCGACCAACUAUCAAGACCAAUCCCAUGUUCCUGCAAACUGAUUUUGAUGGUCCAGAUGAUGUCAGUCUACAAAGAGAAUCACAGCAACCCCAAAAUAACUCUGAAGGUAAGAAGGCUGUCUCUACUAACAGAAAUGUACUAACUAUAGGUGGUGAAAUAGGAGAAGCACUGAAAAAUAAGAAGGUCCAAAGAAGUGCUAGUUAUCGCAUGGCCAAUUUUUCUCCCCUAAUUUCUGUUUGUGAUGUGGAUAUCAAUAAAGACCAAGGUGAUGGUGACGUGGAUCAAGGCGUAGCAGACCUUGGGGAAGCCAGACCAAAGCUUAGCUUGAGCCCCAAUGUUUCCUACAACAGUGCAGAAAAUGUGCUCAAUGUGCUCAAUCCUAACAUGACUGGCCGGCGCUUCUAUGGGGCCCAGGUGAUGGUUAGCCCAAACAUUCUGCUAUCGCUCUCACCAAAUCGGGUGACAAAACCAGCAGAUACCCAGAGAGCUAAAGUCUUAAGUACUGCAGACUGUUCAACAUAUAUCCGAAAGAGAGACUUGCCAGAAAAAACUCAACAUGCAGAAGACCCAUAUACAAUUAUUUCCCCAAAUCAGCCUAUUUACCAAAAUUUAAAAUUAGGCAGAGAUGAGACCAAAAUUGUUCAGCAAUAUGAGCCUAGGUAUGCUGCCUCACCAGCAUCCAUCAAUAGGUUUAUGUCUCCUGAAAUGCAGAAUUCAGGACGAACAAUUCAAGCCCCCUUACAUUCUUCAACUCCAACUAAACCUGAUUCAGCAAAUGCUUCCCCAUUGACCAAUAAUACGUUUUCACCUAUUGAAAGACAUGUGUCAUGUGUUAGAAAUGAGGGAAUGCAGGAAAGCUUCAGUUUCCCUGGGAGUGGAAAAUCCUAUGAAAGAGAGGAAAAGAAACCUCAACUUGUUUUGUCACCAAAAAGUACAAUGACAACAGAGGAACUUUAUGCCAAAAUCCAUAAAUCAAAGAAGCAAAUGAACUUAAAAUAUGAGCCUGAAAUAGUUCUCAGUCCAUCUCCCUCAAUAGGGAGUCAGUCCCCUGUGGGCUCUGAUCGGUCUGUGAGCCCUGCAACUGCUGCGGCUGCAGCAACUGAUCCUAGGUUGGCAGCCCGAUCGAGACACAGCUGGUCUCCUAACUCAAGUAAAUACUUAGAUAUUGCAAGCAACUAUGAUGCAAGAAGUAACACCCCCUCUCCAAACUUGCGUGUUCCAAAAGAUCAUGGGCUGACUCAAGUUACUUCAACUUAUGAUUUCAAACGCCUACUCCUCCAACAUGGUGCAAGUAGUAGUGGCAAAAGCAGAAUGUCAGCUGUUGAGAGAUUAAAGCAAGCCAAACAAGCUGCCACAAAUGUCAUUACCAGCAAUGCACCAAAGUUCCGGUUCGGUUCACUGAAUUCAAAACCAGUUUCAAUCAAUCCUACCUCUACACAGUCAGUUCCUUCUAAAGUCAUUCCUUCUAAGUCUACACUCUUGAAACCAGGGCCUAAGUCAUCUUUAAGAUUUGCAGCUCAUAGAAAUGACGUACGAGCAACUCCUAUAUUAGAAGAUCAACAUGGGGAAGAGCGAGCAACAGAAGUCUUACAAAUUCAGCAAUUGUCAGCCUCGCCUAUGGCUGGAAGAAAUGUUGGAAGAAUGUUAAAUAGACUUGCACGAUCUCAAGACCCUGUUCAAUGCCCGCCCUGCCCAAUAUAUUCAGAGUUAGGGGAGCCUAUCCGCUCUCAAACUGUACUUCCAAAACAUGAGUUUCAUCAGUAUCCCAGUGUUCUAGGGGACAGUCAACAUGUUGAAACAGCACCUAUCUUCCCUCAAACAAAUAAAUUCCCUCAGUACUCAAAACAAUUAAAAAUUGUCCCUGGGCAGAAGUUGCCAACAACACUGGAAGAACCUGACUAUAGCAAACUAAGAAAUGAAUCGCCAACUGCUUUGGAAACUGCUUUAUAGUUUAAGACAAAAUUGCCAAAAAUGAAGAUGUAGCAAAAUAUAAAGUAUUAAAAUGUUAAAUUUAUGUUGCUUUGUACAUAUAUUUAUUGUGAUGUACAUAUAUUUAUUUUCAUAAAUUAAUAUAUAUUUCAUAAAAUUAUGUUAAA